AUGUCUCAUACUGUAAAGAUUUACGAUACAUGCAUUGGUUGUACUCAAUGUGUUCGUGCGUGCCCAACUGAUGUUUUGGAGAUGGUACCUUGGGAUGGGUGUAAAGCUAGUCAAAUCGCGUCAGCACCGCGAACUGAAGAUUGCGUAGGUUGUAAACGUUGUGAAUCUGCAUGCCCGACUGACUUUUUAAGUGUUCGUGUAUAUUUAGGUCCUGAAACUACUCGUAGUAUGGGAUUAGCUUAUUAA